AGCUUGACGGCAAAGUCGCGUUCACUAUUUAAGUUGUAGUUAGUUUGAUUCAUUUCUCCUCAGCUGCAAGACGUUUUGUCUGCCCCUCCGGCCACAUCAGCCCAAGGAUAAAAUUAUUCUCCUUUUCUAUCUCUAAAUAUUCUAACAUCAACUAUGGCUGAUACCGCAGUAGACACCACCACUACCACCCCCAAGGAGAUCACCGCUAAGGACCUGAAGGAAAAGAAGGAGGUGACGGAAGAAGUUGAGGUGGAGAAAGAGAACGGCAGCGGAGACGCACCUGCCAAUGGCAAUGGAACAACAAAUGGAAAGUCACACGAUGAAGAGCAUGAUGAGAAGAAGGCAGAGAAGAAGGAAGAGAAAGUAGAAGAGAAGGAAGCUGAGGCUGCUGCUCCUGCAGAGGAGGAGAAGAAGAAUGGCACAGAAGAGGAGAAGAACGGCAAAGAGGAGGUUGAUGGCCAGGCAGUAAAACGUGCAGCUGAGGAGGAGGAGAAGGUCGAGACAAAGAAACAGAAAACAGAUGAAGCAGCAGAGCCCACAGAAGCUGAAGUGGAGGCCUAGGCGACAUCACACCCCUGUUUCAUAGCUGUCUGCGUGGUCAACUUGACCUAGUAGAGUUUGUGCUUUCAUGUAUAUUUUACUCGUUUUCUUUUAACCACGGAUUAUAUUCUUCUUUUUGUUUUUGCACUGGAGUCCCAUAACAUCAUGGCCCACUUUUUCUUUCUUUUCUUUUUUUAUGAAAUGUUAUUUAUUGGUUCAGAGUGACAUUCUGUAACAAAGGAGAAAAACAAAAGAAAAAAAGUAUUUUGUACGUAUGAGUUCAAAGCACAGUUUCUACUGCCUGUUCCGAUCAGUUGAUUCACACAAGCAUCUGCACCCUCCUCUCACAAGGUUAUGACAUUUUCACGAGUGACCUCUGACUCACUGAUGAAGACCAAAGAUAAGUUUUAAGCAAGGGGCUAAUGCGUGCUUCUGAAAUCCCUUUUGUUUGUGCUGCUAGUAGUUAAUCCUUUUGCUUGGCUGGUCUGUGUACACAGCAGAUGGCACUUACCAAUGAAGGGGUCUCGUGGAGCCCAAUCAAAACUGAAGAAAGACUUGCUUGCUUGCCUCCUCCUCUUCAGUGGAGGGGUGCUUGCAUGUCUUGUCACGCGUCAGCCCCUGGGUCUUAAAUCUUCUAGGUUUUGGUCAUUUUUCGUUUACUAUCCGUUUUUGGUAACAUUCCAGCCUUUGACAUCCAAUGUACAGUUUUGUCUUGGGUUACUUUUCCUGUUGCAAGUUACAUCUGAGUAUUGAUGUAAGAAAUAUACAGAAGCCACAGUGGUCUUAAGCUGAAUAAUAUGUCGGGUCUGGUGCUCUCUCAGUCUAUUUUUCAAGCAGUUUUUUGUAUGGAUUGUGUCUUGGUUGCUUUGACCACUGCUUUGUAUAUUCUGGUUCUGGAUUAUAAAUAAAUCAGUCUUGUCUUUUUAA